GACAACGUUUCAUAGACGGACAGUUUUACGUGAUGGACUCUCGUAUGUUUACACGUGACAUUUGUGCAGAGCUGAAAUUUCACACAUGGGUUGUUUAAAUCUUUAAUAUUGUUGUUUGACCCGCUGGAAGAAAACGACGUUGAUUUAAAAUGGGUAAACUAAGGAAGAAGCACAACUGGAGGGGCAGACAACAGAGUGACCCACAACAAGCAGCAGAGGAAGAAAAGACUGACGUUGUGGUGGAACUGCAGGAUGGAGCCAGGCUUAAAGGUGUAGAUGAGAGCAACGCGUUGGUCCUCCCAGCCAACAAAGCCAAUAAGAAGAAAUCAUCAGUGACAAAGGUUUCCAACAGAAAGCCCCUCACCAAGAAGCAGAGGAAAGAGCUGCAGAAAGUGCUGGAGCGCAAGGAGAAGAAGGCUCAGAGAGCAGACAUCCUGACCAAACUGGCUGAGGUGCAGAUUCCAGAGUCUGAAAUUAAGCUGCUGUACACCACGUCCAAAAUGGGAACUGGAGACAAAAUCUACCAGACUAAACACUCAUUGGAUGAAAUAAAAGAUGGAGACUCGGGUCCAAUGAUCAGCAGCGUCAGUGGAGCGAACAGGAAAAGAAAAUGGAAAGUAGAGGAGGAAGAUGAAGAAGAACCAAAGGCUGAAGAAAGUAGUGACCUUGAAACUUCCUCUGAUGAUGAUGAGGUGGAAGAGGAGGAGGAUGAAGGAGUGAGUAAAACCACAGAGCUGGCUGAAGCCAAGGAAACCGCUUUUCCCUGUCAGGAGGACAAACAUGGAGUGAAGGAAGAACAACGCAAAGCAGAACAAGAUGGAAAGAAUAAUGGAGAUCAGGAGAAAAUCCAGACCAAGAUGCUGUCACAGCCGGCAAUCUUCAUUCCAGUUGACAGAAAACCAGAAAUACAGGAGGCUCGUCUGAAACUGCCCGUGUUGGCAGAGGAGCAGGUCAUCAUGGAGGCUGUGAAAGAAAACCCCUGUGUCGUCAUCUGUGGAGAGACGGGAAGUGGAAAGACCACUCAAGUGCCUCAGUUUCUGUAUGAAGCAGGCUACGCUAGUGAAAGUGGGAUUAUUGGCAUCACAGAGCCGAGACGAGUUGCAGCUGUCAGCAUGUCCCACAGAGUGGCCAAAGAGAUGAACAUGUCCACACGGGUGGUGUCUUACCAGAUUCGAUAUGAAGGGAAUGUGACCAGCGACACCAAAAUCAAGUUCAUGACGGAUGGUGUUCUGUUAAAAGAGGUCCAGAAGGAUUUCCUGCUCCAGAGAUACAGUGUUAUAAUCAUUGACGAAGCCCACGAGAGGAGUGUGUACACUGACAUCCUCAUCGGGCUGUUGUCUCGUAUUGUCCCACUCAGAAACAAGAAAGGUAUGCCCAUGAAGCUGCUGGUCAUGUCAGCUACGCUGCGAGUUGAAGAUUUCACAGAAAACCAGAAGCUGUUUCGGACGCCCCCACCCGUCAUCAAGGUGGACUCUCGCCAGUUUCCGGUCACUAUCCAUUUCAACAAACGCACGCCGCUGGAUGAUUACAUCGGAGAAGUUUUUCAAAAGACAUGCAAGAUCCACCGCAUGCUGCCUCCAGGUGGUAUCCUGGUUUUUCUCACUGGUCAGGCAGAGGUUCACAGUCUUUGUAGAAGACUGAGGAAAGCUUUCCCCUUCAGGAAAGCUAACACAUCUACAGGUGAAGAUGAAGAAGCAGACACCUCAGAGGCAAUGAGGAAGUUUAAAAAGACCAAACAGAAGAAGAAUGUCUCUCUGCCACGAAUCGACUUGGCUAACUACUCUGCGCUGCCGGUGGAUGAAGGGGACGAGGACAGAGAUGCGGGGAUCAGAGACGAAGAGGAUGAAGGCUCGGACCUUGACAUCGCCGACGAUCCCGACAACACAGGGGAGAAAGCCGACCCGUGCAUUCCUCUCUACGUCCUCCCUCUGUACUCUCUGUUGGCCCCGGAGCAGCAGGCAAAGGUGUUCAGUCCCCCGCCUUACGGGACUCGGUUGUGUAUUGUCGCCACCAACGUUGCCGAGACGUCUCUGACCAUCCCUGGCAUUAAGUAUGUGGUUGACUGCGGUCGAGUCAAGAAGCGUUUCUACGACCGAGUGACUGGAGUGUCGUCCUUCAAAGUCUCGUGGACGUCACAGGCUGCUGCCAAUCAGAGGGCGGGUAGAGCGGGACGAACGGAGCCGGGACACUGCUACAGGUUGUACUCAUCUGCAGUGUUCGGAGACUUUAGCUUGUUCUCAGAGGCAGAGAUCACUCGCAGGCCUGUGGAAGACCUGGUUUUACAGAUGAAGGACCUCAACAUUGAAAAAGUGGUCAAUUUCCCUUUUCCAACACCUCCCACCGGCGAGGCUCUUGUAGCAGCAGAGCAGUUGUUAAUCUCGUUGGGAGCUCUGGAAGAGCCGCCUCGCACUGAAAGGGUUAAAGAGAUGGCGAGAGCGAGGCUGAGCUGUCCCAUCACCCCCCUCGGCAGAGCAAUGGCUUCUUUCCCUGUGGCGCCACGUUAUGCGAAAAUGUUAGCACUUGGAAAGCAGCAAGGUUGCCUGCCGUACGUCAUUGCCGUGGUAGCAGCCAUGACGGUCCGGGAGAUCUUUGAAGACCUUGACAGACCCGCGGGUAGUGAAGACGAGAGCGCCAAGCUCACCCAGCGUCGAGCUCGACUCACCCAAAUGAGGAGGUUGUGGGCCGGGCAAGGAGCCUCCCUCCUACUGGGGGACCUCAUGGUCAUGCUGGGUGCAGUUGGUGCUUGUGAAUUUGCUGGCUGUACUCCCAAGUUUUGUGAGGACAAUGGUUUGAGGUAUAAAGCCAUGGUUGAAAUCAGAAAGCUCAGAGGGCAACUAACCAACGCAGUGAACUCAGUGUGUCCCGAGGUGGGAGUAUUUGUGGAUCCCAAAAUGACUCCACCAACAGAGCACCAGGUGGUUUGCUUGCGGCAGAUUGUUUUGGCAGGACUGGGAGACCAUCUUGCACGACGUGCGCAGGCCGAAGAUAUUCUGGAUGCAAAAUGGAACAAUGCGUAUAAGACGUGUCUUAUGGACGACCCAGUGUUCAUUCAUCCCACGUCUGCACUGUUCAAAAAGCUCCCUGAGUUUGUUGUCUACCAGGAAAUCAUGGAGACCACCAAGAUGUACAUGAGAGGUUUAUCUGCAGUAGAAGCAGAGUGGGUCCCUGAGAUUCUGCCUCAGUAUUGUCACUUUGGACCCCCUCUGGAGUCACCAUCACCGUGGUUCUGCCCAUCAGACGGCACCAUCAAAUGUCACCGUUCAAGCACCUUCUUCCGUGUGGCUUGGCAGCUGCCAGCAGCGGAGAAGGAUUAUCCAGAUGGUCUGGAGCGCUACAAACUGUUUUCCAAGUUUCUUCUUGAGGGACAGGUUUGUCCUAAACUGAAGAACCACAGUGGCCACCUCCUCUCAAACCCCUCCAUCAUGUUAAAAACAUGGGCAAAACUGCAGCCCAGGACGGAGGCUGUGCUGGGAGCACUGGUGUCAAAGAGAGUUGACUGCAGGGACGCUCUCCUCACCGUCUGGAAGACUGAGGAUAAAUUUCUGUUGUGGGCCUACUGUCAGUGGCUUCCUGAAUCCAUGCAUCAAGAAGUAGCCAAGAGCUGGCCUCCUAUUUAAAGACUUGCAUUUGAAAAACAUAAAUCAUAUUAUGGUAUUUUGACUGGAGACUUGCAUAGACCUGCAUAUAGGUAGAACCCCCUUCUUCACUUCAGAGGGGCUUCUUCAGACUUCUCUCAUAUUUUAAGAUAACUGCCACCACACAUCAUGGCCUUUUCACCAUUUUGUAUUUUAUACACUGCAUCUGUGAUUUGUACAGUUCUGUACAGUGUUUCACUUAAAGCUCUAUAAUGACUUUUAACUUGUGGAUCAGUGUGCUGCUUUCAUUUAUAAAUGUCUGAUUUGGUCUUCAUAAGACUUAUUAAAACUUUGAAGCUCUGAA